ACACAGCUCACAGCAACCUCCAACUCCUGGGCUUAGGCGAUUCUCCUGCCUCAGCCUCCCGAGCAGCUGGGACUACAGGCGCCCGCCACAACGCCCAGCUAUUUUUUGGUUGCAGUUUGGCCGGGGCCGGGUUUGAACCCACCACCCUCGGUAUAUGGGGCUGGCGCCCUGCUCACUGAGCCACAGGCGCUGCCCUCAGUUUUCUUUUUUUAAACAGCAGAUCUAAUCAUGUCACGUCUUUCACCAAACCUUUCCAAAUUCAUUUUAUGGCUCUCUUUACACUGUAGUGUAAAGUCCUUAAAAUGGCUUACAAGGUUUCAUUUGAUCCGGCUUUGCUUGCCUCAGGCUUUACGUCUCAGUUCUGGUGCUUAAUACUUUGUCCUUAUUAGAUCUUCAUUCUUUUGAAAUACUGAGUUUGAAUCCUUUUGUGUGUUCUGUUUGAUCUCACUGUAUAUUCUUUUCCCUUUUCUCUUGUCUAGUUCCUGGUUCAUCUCUUCCUCAGAGAGGCUCUUAUUCCCAGACUGGAUUAGGUCUCCUCUGCUUAACAUUCCAAAGCACACUGUACUCCAUUUUUGUAACUCCUACACUUGAAAUUAUUGAUUUGAUAUCUUUGUGCAGCUAUUACAUAACCUGCAGUCAGAUGAGAGGCACUGUCUGACAUUUUUUCCAGCAUUUAACACCGAUUACACCCAAUCCCUAUUCUGCUGCAUAAGUUUCUGCAGGAUUAUGGGAUACCUGACAGUUCUCCUUUGUACCCCUCCUAUGAAAGAGAAGGAGGAAAACCCAUACAGAAUCUUCUUAAACUCUCAAAACCCAGACCUCAAUAAGAAGCCCACAGGCCCGACCUUAUGUAUUUCAGCAGGCUCAUUCUGAACUUUCGUACCUCCAGAGCUCUUGACUGUGGUAAAACCAACUCUCCAUUGCCCUUUUUCCUUGAAAUAAUGCUGUCAGUUCUGCUUCUUACUCAAGGGUUAAUAUGCUGUUUUAGAUGAACGGUUUUGAUUUUCACAUUUUAAACAAUAAGAGAUGACAAAAUUCUCUACUAUUUUUGCAACCUUUUUGUAAAUCAAAACCUAUUUUUCAACGUUUUUCUUCUUUUUUUUUUUUGUGGCCCUCGGUAGAGUGCCGUGGCCUCUCACAGCUCACAGCAACCUCCAACUCCUGGCCUUAAGCGAUUCUCUUGGCUCAGCCUCCCAAGUAGCUGGGACUACUGGCGCCCGCCACAACGCCCGGCUAUUUUUAGGUUGCAGUUUGGCCGGGGCCGGGUUUGAACCCAUCACCCUCAGUAUAUGGGGCUGGCGCCCUACCGACUGAGCCACAUGCGCCGCCCAUCUUCUUUUUUUUUAAACUGCAGGCUAUGCUCUUACAUUGAGCUAUGCCUGAAGAAAAAACUGUUUGCUGUAUAAAAGGUGCUUCUGUGUAUAAAAUGUGCACCCACAUUUUUGACCCAAACUUUCAGGAAUAUGCCCGUUGGGAAAGUGCCAGGCUCUUGGCAGGUAGAUACAUAUCUGGAGGAGGCUAACACUCCCCUGGUAAACUUGAAGAUCCCACCACCCUCCGGCAUUGUGAAAGCUGCCCUUUCCCUCUCUUCUGGGAGCCCUUACCUCCUGGCCAUGUCAGGACUGUGGCCUAGAUGGCCAUAUGUAUGGCUGGUGGAGCCGGAGCUUCUGAGGCCAUGGGACCCAUGGGCAGCUAGGUGGGUCCCUUGGAACUGUGUGGGGCUUCGUGUACUCUCCAAGGCAUAGCCUCAGUGGUUGCUACUCAUGGUCACAGCCCACCUCUCCAGCCCACCCCACCAGUGCUCCCCUUGUGGCAGUUAGUGGAGGUUGCUCUGGUCCACUCCCAGUGGAUCCCAGAUCCUCCCAUAGUGGAACUCUGUGCACCAGGCAGGUCCAGGUGGGAGGACAUGGCAGUCCCAGAAGGCCCACUGAAGUCCCUGACUCCUGAGCAAUACUGCCCAUGUAAAAUGUGCAUCCUUAUUUUUCCCUCAAAAAUUUGGGCCAAUGGCUAGGUGCCUGUCGCUCAGUCGGCUAGGGUGCCAGCCACAUCUACCUGAGCUGGUGGGUUCCAAUCCAGCUCGGGCCUGCCAAACAACAAUGACGGCUGCAACCAAAAAAUAGCUGGGUGUUGUGGCAGGCAUUUGUAGCCCCAGUUACUUGGGAGGCGGAGGCAGGAGAAUCACUUGAGCCUAGGAAUUGGAGGUUGCUGUGAGCUCUGAUGCCAUGGCACCCAGGGUGACAGCUUGAGGCUUUGUCUCAAAAAAAAAAAAAAAUUGGGGCCAAAAAAGUUGCACAUUAUAUACAACAAAAUAUGGUAAUUGAUAUGACAUGUAGAAUGAAGGACAGCCAGUAUAUCUCUAGUUUGUAUCAAGCAGAGAGCAUUUUCUAACUCCUGUCUAGGCUCCUUGAUGUGUGAUAGAAGUGGGGGAAUUUUGCUUAAUACAUUGCAAUGAGGCUAUUUUCCCCAUGCAACAUGGUAUUUUUUUUUUUUGUUUUUUGAGAUAGGCUUUUACUCUGUCACUUAGGCCAGAGUGCAGGGGCACCAUCAUAGUUCACUGUAGCUUCCAACUCCAAGGCUCAAGCAAUCCUCCUGCCUCAACCUUCCAAGUAGCUGGGACUAUUGGCAUGUGCCAUAAUGCCCUGGCUAAUUUUUUUGUUUUCUUUGUAGAGAUGAGGUCUUGCUAUUGCCUAGACUGGUCUCAGACUCUUGGGGUCAGGCAACACUAUGUACUCAGCCUCCCAAAGUGCUAGGAGCAUACCUAUAGGUGUGAGCUACCACACUCAGCCCCCAGCAACUUGUGAUUAUAUUAAUUGACUUUUUGUGUAAAUUGUAGGAUGGACAGAGUACUAAUUAACAUGGAUUUUCCUAUUUAUUUAAUCUUUGAAUCUUUGUUUUAUCAUUAUAAGGCAAUAAAUAACAUUUUGAUUCAUAGGUACUUGAAAGUUUAAUAGUACGUCAGUCUGUCUGGGCUUGUUACUUCUUAACUGACAAAUGGAAGGUUUCUAAAUCUGGAAGACUGUAGCUGAUGCUGAUUUUUGCUGAUGCAACCACAUUGAUAUGCUGAAGAGGUAUUGUAUGAGUUAUUAGAUAGUGUCCCUGUUUGCUGGACAGUGAUAUCCCUUUCUCCAUCAUUCUUUCCCUCUAUGAGCAGGCUCUUUUUUUCCAAACCUGAAGUGUUUUUCAUUCAAAGCAAAGAGAAGAUUCCUGAAUGUUGAAUAUGCAAGGAGGUGAAGAGAGAGAGACUGGAAGAGAGACUUGUCCAGAAUGGACAAACAAGUCUGCUUUAGAACAUCAUGUCUAUGAAAUUGAUUCACCAGGGUUAGUAGCAAAGAGAUACCAAGAGACUGAAUUCCAGGAUUCUACUCUUGAAAAGAAAUAUGCAUGUAAGGGCAUGAAGGAAAAUUUUUCUGGAGAAAUUCCUGGGCCUUACCUUUUCCAAGAAGGAGGUUUUGGGGAAGUAACUUUUAUCCACAAAAAAGAACCCCCUGAAAUGAUUAGUCAAGAAUUUAGUUUUGAGAAAAGCUUGCUUUUGGCCUCCAAUUUUGUUACACAUCUCAGAGUUUCUAAAGAAGAGAGUUUGCAACAGUGGGAAAGAAGUAACAUACACACCAGUGAGAUUUCAGGCCACAGCAAAUGCUUAACUCUUUCCACAGAGAAAAAGUCUUGGAAAUGUAAUGAAUGUGGAAAAAUCUUUACUCAGAGCUCAUCACUUACCCAACAUCAGAGAACUCACACUGGAGAGAGACCCUAUGCAUGUGCAGAAUGUGGGAAAGCCUUUAAUCGAAGCUCAUUCCUUGUUCAACAUCAAAGAAUUCACACUGGACUGAAACCAUAUGGAUGUGAGCAGUGUGGGAAAACAUUUAGAUGUCGAUCAUUUCUUACUCAGCAUCAGAGAAUCCACACUGGAGAGAAACCUUACAGAUGUAAUGAAUGUGGGAAUUCCUUCCGUAAUCACUCACAUCUCACUGAACAUCAGAGAAUUCACACUGGAGAGAAACCUUAUAAAUGUAACAGAUGUGAGAAGGCAUUCAGUCAGAACACACACCUUAUUCAUCAUCAGAGGAUUCACACUGGUGAGAAGCCUUAUCUAUGCAAUGAAUGUGGCACUUCUUUUCGCAAACACUCAAAUCUUACACAACAUCAGAGAAUUCACACUGGGGAAAAACCCCAUAAAUGUGAUGAAUGUGGGAAAACCUUCCAAACAAAGGCAAACCUUUCUCAGCAUCAAAGAAUCCAUACUGGAGAGAAACCCUAUAAAUGUAAGGAAUGUGGCAAAGCCUUUUGUCAGAGCCCAUCUCUUAUAAAACAUCAGCGAAUCCAUACUGGAGAAAAACCCUAUAAAUGUAAGGAGUGUGGCAAAGCUUUUACUCAAAGCACUCCACUCACUAAGCACCAGAGAAUCCAUACAGGGGAGAGACCAUACAAAUGCAAUGAAUGUGGAAAAGCCUUCAUUCAGAGUAUUUGCCUUAUUCGGCAUCAGAGAAGUCACACUGGAGAAAAACCCUAUAAAUGCAAUCAGUGUGGAAAGGGCUUUAAUCAGAAUACCUGCCUCACUCAGCAUAUGAGAAUUCAUACUGGAGAGAAGCCUUAUAAAUGUAAAGAAUGUGGAAAAGCCUUUGCUCAUAGUUCAUCUCUUACUGAACAUCAUAGAACUCACACUGGUGAGAAACUUUAUAAAUGUAGUGAGUGUGAGAAAACCUUUCGGAAGUAUGCACAUCUUAGUGAACAUUACAGAAUUCACACUGGUGAGAAGCCUUAUGAAUGCAUUGGAUGUGGAAAGUUUUUCAGGCAUAGUUCUGUCCUUUUCAGACAUCAGAAACUUCACAGUGGUGAAUAAUGCUGGCAUUUGCGUCAUUCAUGACAAUUUCUCUAAAGAGAGUG